GGAUGACCAACGAGUGUAUGCGGACGUUUGGGCGCAGAUCUUGGCCAUGGCGACGGGCGACCUCAGCAACAACGCGACCAAGGUCCGGCGGCAGCUGCAGGCGAUCCAGUACCCGCACGACGUUAACGAUGCUGCCAAGCAGCUCGCCAGAGGCACGCCCGUGAGCCACCUCCGCGAGCUCCUGCGCGUCUUGCACUACGCGCUCCUCGACUACUCGCGGCACGUGGCACAGCGCGUCCAAGCGGCGGACCUCGAUCUCUACGGGCGGACGGACGCCAAGUUUGUCGAUGGCGUCUUCCGCUUUGCCCGCGAGCAGCUUGGGUACUUUCCAUCGCUCACGAGCGCCCAGUUCUUGUCGGCGACUCAGUUUCGCGAGCGCAAGCUCAUCAUUGUGGCCGAAAUGCUCGAGCAGAUUGCCAAGAUCCACGUCGAGGGGCUUCGCCAGCAGCGAAUAAAGCAGUCGGUGUGGGUGCCCAGCGACAAGGCGCCGGCCGGCCGGCUAUCGCGUCCCGUCCAAUCGCCGAUCGAAAUGGUCGACCAUCGCGCCAAGGUUCCGGCGCCGCCUACAUGGCAGAGUGUCAACCUCGGGCAAACCAAGCCGUCGCGUGUGGUUCGACACGUCGCGUCGCCGCCUGCAUACCACGUGUCGCCACUCGUGCCAGCCCCACAGACGGAGCCCGAGCCGGAGGCGCCCAUUUUCGACUGGGAGACACCCAUUGAUGGUGCCGUGUACAAGAAUGUCGACAAGGCGGUCUUGAAGCCUCCGCCACCGACGCCGUUCUGGGUCGAAGCACACGUUCAACGAGAGCAGCAGCAGCCACGUACGUACGAAGAAGACGACACAGUCGACGAGCUGUACCCGAGAGAACUCCCGAUUCAGCCAAGCGUCGAGCACCCGAUCCAGCCCACGCGCGCGCCAACGCCACCGGAGCCAGCAAUGCAUGCCACUCUGGCCAAACUCGAGGCGACGCUCUGCAGCAAGCUCGACGAUAUUCUAGCGCUCGUCGCUGACAAAUUUGCGCAGCUCGACGACCGGCUGGCGCGGCUCGAGGCCAAAGUGGACAAGCCGGGCGCUUCUCUCAGCCCCAACCAAGAGCCCGAGACGCCCAAGGUGUUCAACGCCCCGCGCACGACGACUGCCAGUAGCUCGGUGUAUCGCUGGCCGCCCGAGCCCGCUGCGUUUCGUAAAGUGGUCUAGUCCGACUCUUUCGAACGCACACCUGGGGCUCUCUAAUAUGUUGUUUGCUGAUAUUCUU